AUGAAACUAUCAAUCACCAUACUGUCAUCGAUCCUGGCUGUUUGCUCGGUUACUGUCGCCAAUCCAGUCGAUCCCAGUUCGGCCACAAAUGCUGAAGCUAGCACUUCAGCUGGUGGAUCUAACUAUCCGGUUUUUCCUACAAAAGAUGGGCUUAAGAAAUAUUGCAGUCCAUUCGAUACUACUCAAGUGCCGUUGAUCACUGGUAUUGCAAAAACUCGAGCUAGACUCGACAAAAUGUUGAAAAGACUUGAAGGCGUACGUAAUAAGGUUAGUGUUCAAAGAAAAGUGAUUCUUGAAACGGAGCAAAAAGUCGAUUCUCUGAAAAAAACUCCGGGUCAGUUGUUGAAUGGUGCUGAAGCUGAGUAUAAUCUGCAUCAAGAACUUCUUGAAGAACUUGAAGGACAUCUGGAGGAACGUCUUAAGAUAGCUUCGGGUAUGGCUGAGGAAAAAAAUAAUUUCAAGAAAACGCUUAUAGAGAACCUUUCGUCUAAAUCAUUGAUGGGUAGUGAUUCCUCACUGAGAAUAGUUUCCGGAUAUAGUAAAUGCUUCCAUUAUUUCUUUAAUCAUUUUAUAGAAGAAUUGGAAUAA